AUGACGGAACCGACCACCGUUCAACGGUUCGAAGUUUCCGCACCUGGGAAAGUGAUCCUUCACGGGGAACAUUCCGUUGUGUACGGUCAUCCGGCGAUUGCUGGAUCGAUUGGUUUGCGUACCUACCUCAACUAUACCGCGCUCGAACAAUCUUCAUCCUCGUCACCCAUGGUCAUCGUGGAGUUCCGUUCGAUCCCAUUCACUGCCUACCUUACGGUGGAAAUGUUUGAAGCGUUUCUACGUGAAGUUGACUGCAACGAAACGCUACAACCGGAAGCCAUUCAAGAACAAUUACGCUCACAGGGAGAUUUUCCCUUCGUACGCUUUGUGCAAGAUCCAAACCCCUGUCUGAUGGAUACGACUUCAAAGGAACGGAUGUCCCUUGGCUCGGCGCUGUACAUCAUUAAUCGGGUGCUACGAUCGGAAGGUGUACGUACGAUCGAUAGAUCUCGUAUCGGUGCUGGUGGUUUUCGGCUUUCGCUCCAUUCGGAGAUGAGCAUCGGUGCUGGAUUGGGAAGUUCCGCUAGCUAUGGCGUUUGUGUCGCUGCCGGUGCGUAUCAUCUUGCACGCAUUCUCCAAAAAGACCAUUCCACGUCGAUCGAGCCGGAUGUGCGGAAGAAGAUCUAUCAAUGGUCGUUCGAUUCGGAAAUUAUUAUGCACGUAAAACCGUCCGGGAUCGAUAACGAAAUCGCAACGAAUGGUGGAUUGGUCCGUUUCCGACGCGGUACCGGUGUGGACAGGGUCGUCACACUGCAUCGUCCCGUGCACGUACUUAUUGUAGACACGGGUGUUAGCCGCAGCACAGCAAUGCUCGUCGCUCGUGCGGCUAAACGAUUGGAACAGUUUCCACGUACGAUCGGUCCCGUACUGGAAGCGAUGGGUGGACUGGUCGAUGAAGCAAUUUCCCUUCUCGAAUCGGACGACGAUCAGGACACGGUUUACGAUCGGCUUAGCUCACUUGUUAGCAUCAACAAUAAUUUGCUCCGCUCGCUGGGCGCCAGUCAUGCGGCUUUGGAGCAAAUAUUUGCCAUCGCCGAACGGUACGGGUUUAGCAGCAAACUAACCGGUGCCGGUGGUGGAGGUUGUGGCUUUGUGCUGCUUCCGGCCGGCUACCAAGAGCUCGAUUCAUUCCAACAGCUGAUGGCUGCACUAACCGAGGCUGGGUUCAAUUCGAUCGAAACCACCGUUGGUAUUGGGGCGGGUUUUACACUAAGCUAAACGAACUCAAGACGAUAGACGAUCAUGCGGACUAAGUUAUUUUGAAGGGUUGUGGGUUAAUAUUCUAUUAAUAGCAUAGGGAAACAUCUCUCUACAACGGAAACGACGGAGGGUUUAAUUAAUUUUCGGUACGGUUGGUUCAAAUAUAAAAAAAGCAAUAUAA